AUGUCUGGCCGCGGCAAAGGAGGAAAAGUCAAGGGAAAGGCAAAGUCCCGAUCAUCUCGUGCCGGACUUCAGUUCCCAGUUGGUCGUAUCCAUCGCCUGCUCCGCAAGGGCAACUACGCAGAACGUGUCGGAGCUGGAGCUCCCGUCUAUCUGGCCGCUGUCAUGGAAUAUCUGGCAGCUGAAGUGCUGGAAUUGGCAGGAAACGCCGCCCGUGACAACAAGAAGACCCGUAUCAUCCCGCGUCAUCUUCAGCUGGCCAUCCGCAAUGACGAGGAGUUGAACAAACUGCUCUCGGGCGUCACCAUCGCUCAGGGAGGUGUUUUGCCCAACAUCCAAGCCGUUCUGCUGCCCAAGAAGACCGAAAAAAAGGCUUAA